AUGGCUGAUCGCACCGUUGAGUCUGAGACCAUCUCUGAGAUCACCCAGAAGGAGAAGGAGCUCACUGGUCAGGCCGACCCCGUGAAGGGAGGGCCCACUGCCCAAGCCCAGCGACAUGUCCACCAGGGAAUUGCCGACGGUCGCGUCGUAAGUGACAUUGCCAAGGGAGAGGAAGCCAUCACCCACAACGGCGCUCCUGUGGCGGGCGGACCUGCUGCUACAGCACAGUCACAGGCAGCUCAGGCGAGCAACGAGAUACGGAACAAUCCCCAGACUCACACUGGAAUCCUCGAUGCUCAAACUAUUUCGGAGAUCACGGCUGCUGAGAAGGACCUCACCGGUCAGAGUGCCCCUCUGAAGAGAGGUCCUACAGCUCAGGCCCAGAAGCACUCUGGCGAGCCCAUCAACGCGGAGACUCUCCAUGAUAUUACUGAGGGGGAGAAGAAGGUGGCUGGUGACAGGGUCAGGGGCGGUCCGACUGCAACUGCGCAUUUCCGCCCGAAGAUUUCAAUUGGUGUUGCGCAUCCGCAGAAGAACAGACAGCUUUCACAUCUCACAACUUCUGAUGCGGAUGUUGCUGCCAUGUGCAGCUUGACAAACAUGAGAGACAUGAUCGGAGUCGGAGCCGCCAAACUCACCGGUAAGGGCGGACACUCGGAAUCAAGUCAGCCUCCCCUGGUCAUAAUAUGCGAGCUCGGACAUGGGCGAAAACAAGAGGCCUUUCUCAAUUCAAUCACGAGCGCUCGUACAGCAACGAGCUUCACAAGCCUCGGGUGCAACGACAAGCCCGAUGAAAAGAUAGAUCACAAUCUCGGUCGGAACUGCAUCAAGCCGGUCGGUCCGUGCUUCGAGGCCGAAGACCGCGGCGUUCGGCCCAAUCUAUGUCUUAUGCACAAGGCAGCAGUUCGUAUAGAGAAUGAGUGGAGCACCAAAAACAACAGGCUAUCAAUAUUUGAAGAGUUUACGGCAGUGAAACACUUGAGCAGGCAAAUCGGAUUAUUCCUUGCCGCAGCGGUCGCCAAUCCCUAG